GAGAAGAUCUUAGUUUUUCGUACAAUUAAUAAUUGAGCAUUUUUUGUGAUAAAAAGUUAUUUACACAUGAGUUUUUAGAAAAUAUUAACGGAGGGCUUGUGUCUAGCGCUAUUAUUAAAUUAAAUAGAUCAAUGGAUAGAUCUUCACUGCUUCUUCAGAAGCAAAUCUGCACCAGAUACUAGCGAACUAAAAAACGUGCACGAUCUUACCAAGUUCAGAGGAUUUCCUCAAAGUCGGCAUACUUGGCGACUUCAUAACAUGGCAAUUAAUCGGAAAAUUUGCCGACUUCAGAACAACUCACCGGAUUCGGCCGCCGACUUUAGAAGAGCCCUUCGUCCCAAAUAAAGAAACGAACGUCGGGAACCACGGGGAGAAGCGAACUCCCCCCAUUCCAUGAAUUCCAGCAACACCCGACGCCUCGUGGACGAAAUCCUCCGCCGCAACGCGAGCAACCCGGCCCUCGCAUGGCGCCUCUUCAAGCACCUGCUCUCCUCCCCCUCCGCCCCCGCCCCUCCCCCUCUUCCGUUUUCUCCCUCUCCCGCGCCCUCGCCCACGCCCGCCUCCUCCCCGAGCUUGACCACCUCCACCAUCUCCUCCUUCGCCUGCCCCCCUCCGCUGCUCCCCUCUGCCUCGCCGCUAUCUCCCUCGGCUCCUCCACUGCCGGCAUCCUCGACCACGCCCUCUCCCAGCUCCAUUCCCUCCGCUCCCACUUCCCUUCCCACCCUCCCCCCAUCCGCUUGUAUAAUUCCCUCCUAGACUCCUCCCUCAAAGCCAACCGCCCCGACCUCGUGGAGACCCUCUACAAGGACAUGCUCCUCGCCGGAGUCUCCCCGGACGCCUACACCUUCAAUCUCCUGAUGUGUUCUUUGUGCGACUCAGGCCGGUUGGAUGAGGCCCGCUUGUUGUUCGAUAGAAUGACGGUGAAGGGCUGCCAGCCGAAUGAGUUCAGUUUCGGGAUUUUAAUUCGAGGGUACUGCAAAGCGGGAUUCAGUCUCCGAGCCGUGGAGCUUUUGGAUGUGAUGGAGAGAGUUGGGUGCUCACCUAAUUUGGUAAUCUAUAACACGUUGAUUUCUGGCUUUUGCCGGGAGGGCAGGAUUGGAGAAGCUGAGAGCUUGGUGGAGAGGAUGAGGAAAGAAGGCCUUUUUCCUAAUGUGGUUACUUUCAAUGCCAGGAUAUCAGCACUUUGUAAGACGGGGAAGGUCUUAGAAGCUUAUAGAAUUUUCAGAGAUAUGCAGAAUGAUGAGUUGGGAUUGCCAAAGCCUAAUCAGAUUACUUUUAAUAUAAUGCUAAAUGGAUUUUGCAAUGGCGGCAUGGUGGACGAAGCCAGGGCUUUAGUCGAGUCAAUGAAAGAGAAUGGAUUUUUUGCACAGUUGGAGAAUUAUAAUAUAUGGCUGUCGGGCUUGGUGAAGAAUGGGAGGUUGCUUGAGGCUCAGAUGCUGUUGGAAGAGAUGGUUCGGAAGGGCCUUAAACCCAAUUUGUACUCUUAUAAUAUUGUUAUCAACGGGUUGUGUAAAGAGGGGAUGUUUUUUGGUGCGGAGUCAGUUAUUAGUUUGAUGAGAAACGAUGGAGUUUCUCCUGAUACAGUGACUUAUAGUACUUUGCUCCAUUGGUAUUGCACUAAAGGGAAGGCCUCUGGGGCCAGCAGGAUUCCUGAGAUGGUUAGCAAUGGAUGUUUCCCAAACUCCUUCACUUGCAAUAUCUUGUUGCAAAGUCUUUGGAAAGAGGGAAGGAUUUCAGAGGCGGAGAUAUUGUUGCAGAAGAUGAAUGAGAAAGGAUAUGGCUUAGACAUUGUGAGCUGCAAUAUUGUUAUUGACGGUCUGUGUGAAAAUGGGAAAUUGGAUAAGGCGAUGGAAAUUGUUGAUGGUAUGUGGCAACACGGAAGUGCAGCCCUAGGUGAACUUGGAAAUGCAUUCCUUGGUCUAGUAGAUGAUGGAAACGAGCAAGAAUGCUUGCCUGAUCUCAUCACUUAUUCAACUCUUAUUAGCGGUUUGUGUAAUGCUGGCAGACUGGAUGAAGCUAAGAAAAAGUUUGUUGAAAUGACUGGGAAAAACAUCGCUCCAGAUUCAGUUAUCUAUGACACUUUCAUGCAUGCAUUCUGUAAGCAUGGAAUGUCCUCAGCUUUUAAAGUUUUAAGAGACAUGGAGAAGAAAGGUUGCAAACCGAAUACAAGAACAUACAACUUGUUAAUCUGGGGUUUGGGGAGUAAGCAGCAAUUAAAUGAAAUCCAAAACUUGAUAAACGAAAUGCAAGAAAAAGGGAUUCCUCCAGAUGUAAUUACUUACAAUAACCUGAUUCGGUCUCUAUGUGAUGGAGAAAUGGCAAGAAAAGCUGCUUCACUUUUAGAAGAGAUGUCAAAGAACGGCAUCAUGCCUAAUAUAACUUCAUUCAGCUUGCUUAUCAAGGCUUUUUGUAAGACUUCUGAUUUUGAUGCAGCUCAAGCCAUCUUCCAUGGUGCUCUGACUACAUGUGGCCAGAAGGAAGUGCUUUAUAGUUUAAUGUGCAAUGAGUUUUCCAUGAACGGAAAAUUAUUGGAGGCUAAGGAACUGCUUCAAAUUGCUUUCGAAAGGGGAUUUUCCAUUGAGCGCUUCCCAUACAAACAUCUUGUUGAGGAACUGUGUAAGGAACAGAGGGUAGAUGAUGCUCAGAGCUUGCUCAUUUCUAUGAUUAGUAAAGGUUAUCUAUUUGAUCCUGCAGCAUUCAUGCCAGUGAUUGAUGCACUCGGUAAGAAGGGAAAUAAACAUGAGGCUGAUAAACUCUCAGAGCAGAUGAUGGACAUGGCAGAACGUCAUGAUAAGUCAAAAUUUGUCACUUCCCAUACUCAACAUAGUGAGAUGGAACCUAGACAUAAAAAAUCAAAGCAAGAUACUUCCUUUGGAAGUGACUGGCGCAAUCUGCUCCACAGAGAUGAUGGAAGUGGGAUAGCUAUGAAAGUUCUGAAGCGAGUGCAAAAAGGUUGGGGUCAAGGAAGUAUACCUAGCCCACGGCCACAGAAUGUCGACCCCUUUGAUGUAUGGGAAAGCACUGGCUGAUUCUAUU